CUCGCCAGCGGCGCGUCUUAACGGCUGCUAACCGGUCUUCUUCCUUUCGCGCCGCCCGUCCUUUAUUUCCCACCUCGGAUCCAAAUUUCAAGAAAAAAGCCCUCAAUUUGAUUUCCAGUUUAAGGUCAGUUCGGCGUUCUCCUAAUUCCUACGUUGGAUCUGGGAUUUCAUCUGGGUCGCAGCUUCACUUGUUCAAUUAAAGAAUUUGUAAGUAGAUUAUUUUCUCUCGUCUGAAGUUUGCUGCUUCCCUCCAGGAAAAGAGAUGAUUUUCUUGAGCUGGGCUCGCCCAUCUCCUGAAGAUCAGAAAGCAUGCAUAAACAAGUCUGGUACCUUUAAUUAUGAGGCUAAAUACAGAGGAAAAACUGCAGAGCCUGCAUCCUCAGUUCAGCGAGACAGUGAACUUAGGAAAAAUGGUUUUUCAGUUAAUCAUGCGCGCACUUUAGUUGGUUCAGGUUUUGAUGCAUUUGAGAAGGGUAUAGUCGCUCUUCAGAGUUGGAGGCACUUUGGACUAGAUUGGGCAUUUGUUGAUAGCAAGACACUGAUUCAAAGAGGCUCGAGGUUCUGUGUUUGUGAGAAGGAAUUCUUCCCUUGGCUUAUGAUGCCUUUGCAAGUGGUGUAUGCUAACGACAACAGAAAUUCUAAAACUGCUGUGGCCUCCUUUGGUUUUGGAAGUGGUACUCUUAAAGGACAUUUGCUGGCUGGGGAAGAACGCUUCUCCAUCACGCUGGAUGAAGACAAUCAAGUUUGGUAUGAAAUACUUUCCUUUUCAAGACCUGCACAUUUUCUAUCUCUGAUCGGCUACCCUUAUGUUCUGCUUAGGCAGAGAUUUUUUGCUUACCAAUCUAGUAUAGCAGUUCAAAAGCAUUUAUCUUGUAAGUAGUUUGUUGAGUCUGCACCAUAUAUCUACUUAACAACAGUUCAGUUUUUCA